AUGAAUUCCAACAACCCCUUCGCGGAGCAAUCCCAAUACACUGACGAAGAAUUCGAAAAGAUCAUGACAUUCCUUAACGAAGAUCCCGAUUUAACAUCAGCCCCUAAUACCGCGCCAGAGACUUCACUGCCCCACGGCUCAGUUGGACAGAACGAAUUUGGACAGGACGUCGACAGUGCACUUUCGAACGACCAAUACUGGCAACAUCCUCCGCCUGAGACCCUUGCAAUCAAUAGCAGCUACUACGACCAAGAACAGACGGACACGUCCGGGAGCGUCCAACCUGGACAUUUCGUCCCCGGUAUCUACUCGACUGGAGGAUACGAGCAAGUACGACUGCAGUACCAGCACCAAACAGAACCUACUGUGGCCCUCGACACACCAAGCAGCUUGCACAACGAGGCUUCCUAUUCUCCGGCUGCGGCUAACCCAAUUUAUAACACUGGAACAACUCGCGACUGGAACGAUCAAAUCAACAUGCACACAUCUGGCGAGAGCGUACCCGGACAGUCGGCCCAUGACUGGAACCAGCAAGAAGGACACAGUCAUCUAGAGACUGGUCACCCGCAUCAGCCAGAGAGCAACGUAGCCUUCGGCUCGCCCAGCAGCUUGGGUUACGACUUUACGUAUCCCCCGACUGCUCUUAACCCAGUGCAAAACACUGGACGUCCAGUCUUAGCGCAUGAUCGUACACCAUCGCCCAUCUCGCUCAGUGGGUCGGCGAAUGCGCCAUCCGUGAACCAGAUGUCAACGCCGACCCCUGCGUCAUCGAGCGGCCAUCCGUUUUUCGGUUUCAACAUGGAUACUGGCCCUCCCAAGUGCCAGGACUGCAUCGAUCAGGCCCACAAGGAGUACCAGGGCUACAACAUCCAUCAGGGCCUCAACAUGCACCUGGACCGCGAGUUAGAUCAGCGCCGCCACCUACUAGCGACCGGUGAUCCACCUGCGCCCCAGCUGUCCGAGAACAAGGACGCUGGAACUGGCGAGCAAGCUGCUGAAGGCGCUGACAGCGCGGGCGCUGUUAAAUCCACCACACCCAAACACAUUCUCGAAAAAGAGAAGCAAGCCCGGGCCGCGAUCAAGAAGCUGAAAGCCAAGACCAGUAUGGACGGGCAGAUGGGCGAGUCUAUCACCAUGGUUCGUACCAACACUGGAGUUGAGUUCAGUGGUACGAUGUGGAAGGCGCCUGCCAACGAUAUGACCAUUCCUACAACAGAAAAGGAGAUCAAGGCUUGCGUCGAUGCUCUUGACGUGGCGAUGCACAACGUCUUAAACAUCCGGGAGAAGGCCGAUGUCAAGUCAUCGAACAAUCGGUGGAACUCUAAGUCCAAGUACUAUUUCCCGGAAGAGUACAAUGCAGCUGCUGGCCUGCUUGUGAAAGAGCUUAUCAAAAUCCACACCGACGGUUGGACCAAGCAGAUCUUUGACUCGAACGAGCGUGAGCAAUGUCAGCUUACCCAGUUCUACACGUUUGAAGAUCGAUUUGAAGGUCUUCGGGAACUGCUUCACUACUCCAAGACGUCUUGUCAAGAUAUCAUGAAGGGUUCCCGCUUCUAUACCAUCAUCGCCAACCCGCGCAACCUGAUCCAUCGCACGGCGACCAACAAGACUGCCAACGUCAACAAAGGCAAUCAGAUCAAGGCAGGUAAGAAGGUGAUGAAGCAAGAAAGCAGCACAACAACUUCUCCCGGCGGCGAUGACAAAAACGACAAGGCAAAACAACAGGACAGCGAGGAGGGCUCCAACAGCGAAGAGUCCACAAAGGUCAAGAAGGCCUCGAGGGGCAAGAAGCGCGCUCGCGAAGAGACCUUCGUUGCGGAGGACCCGGCGGGCCAACCGCCUCGCAAGAAAGCGCCUGUGAAGAAGCGUAGCGGCGCAUGA